AUGAAGGGGUGCACCUGGGUAUUUGUGGCAACUUUACUUUGUCAGCAGUUUUGCCUCUUCAGAGUCAUGGCAGCAAAGAGAGAGAGGAAGAUGAAGAAAGAACCAAACCAGUACACAGAGCCCUUCAAUGCUACCCUCUCAAACAGUGAAGAGCUGCAUGGGCAUCCCAAGAUCCUGGAGUCUCCAGAUCCUCGAAUCACAGACCCACGGCGGACCUGGAUCUCCUUUGUGCACCGCCCAGAUGAUGGCAACACCUCUAAAAAGAGAUGCAAAGGGAAGGACAAGAAAUUACGUGGCCUCGUUGGACCCCCAGGACCUCCUGGUCCCCAGGGACCUCCAGGAGCACCUGGUGCUGAAGUCACCCGAGAAGUCCUCCUGCAGGAGUUUAAGGAGAUAUUGAAAGAAGCCAUCGAGCGUCGAGCAUCCCUGGCUGUCUCAGCCCACCCUAGCCAGCUGCCUCCACUCCUGCUCUCCCUGGAGGAAGUCUCACCCCACAGACGUGUGGAGGAGGCAUUCCACUGCAAGCUGAAAGGACAAGUCACUGUAGAUAAGAAGACCUUGGUAGAACUUCAGAACUUCCAGUCGCCUCUGGCCAAAGGAGCUUUCCUCCGGGGGACAGGAUUAAACCUGGCAACAGGACGGUUCACAGCCCCUGUGUCUGGCAUCUACCAGUUCUCAGCCAAUGUCCACGUUGACCACAGUGAGCUGAAGAGCAAAGUGCAGCUGCGAGCCAGGGACAACGUCCGGGUGCUGAUCUGCAUCGAGUCCCUGUGCCACCGCUACACGUCCUUGGAAGUCAUUGCUGGUCUGGAAAGCAACAGCAAAAUCUUCACCAUCUAUGUGCAUGGCUUGCUGCAGCUGCAGGCUGGGCAGUACACCUCCAUAUUUGUGGACAACAGCGCUGGAGCUCCCAUCACCAUCCAGAAUGGAUCAGAUUUCAUGGGCAUGUUGAUGGGUGCAUAG